GGAGGCUGGCGGCCGAGCUGUUGAUCUGAGACCGCCGUGAAGCAGUAACCAUGCCUACCGGGCCGGUGCAGGCGCUGCCGAUGCCGUUGCCACCGCCACCGCAGCCGCCUCAGCCCGAAAUUCAGGUACCAGAAGAACCAAAAGAAGAAACCUUAUCUUCCAAACCCAUUGUUGGCAUUAUCUACCCUCCUCCUGAGGUCAGGAACAUUGUUGACAAAACUGCUAGUUUUGUAGCCAGAAAUGGCCCUGAAUUUGAAGCCCGUAUUCGUCAGAAUGAAAUCAACAAUUCCAAGUUUAACUUCUUGAAUCCAAAUGAUCCUUAUCAUGCAUAUUACCGACAUAAAGUUAAUGAGUUCAAGGAGGGAAAAGGCCAAGAGCCUUCAGCUGCUAUUCCAAAGGUUAUGCAACAGCAGCAGCUGCCACAGAAAGUACAAGCUCAAGUGAUUCAGGAAACUGUUGUCCCCAAGGAACCCCCACCUGAAUUUGAAUUUGUUGCUGAUCCCCCGUCUAUCUCAGCCUUUGAUUUGGAUGUCGUGAAGCUAACUGCUCAAUUUGUUGCAAGAAAUGGUCGUCAGUUUUUGACUCAGCUGAUGCAGAAAGAACAACGUAACUAUCAGUUUGACUUUCUGCGACCCCAGCACAGUUUGUUCAACUAUUUCACCAAAUUAGUGGAGCAGUAUACAAAGAUCUUAAUACCGCCAAAGGGACUGCUUCUGAAAUUGAAAAGGGAAGCAGAAAACCCAAAAGAAGUUUUGGAUCAGGUGAAAUAUCGAGUGGAAUGGGCCAAAUUUCAGGAGCGUGAAAGGAGGAAAGAAGAGGAAGAACGGGAAAGGGAGAGAGUAGCCUAUGCACAGAUUGAUUGGCAUGACUUUGUGGUGGUCGAAACUGUUGACUUCCAGCCAAAUGAGCAAGGGCAUUUCCCUCCACCAACUACCCCAGAAGAACUUGGAGCUCGUAUUUUGAUGCAGGAAAGAUAUGAGAAGUUUGGUGAGAGUGAGGAGGUUGAAAUGGAAGUUGAAUCUGAUGAUGAAAUGGAAGAAUCUGAUGACAAAGCAGAAGAUACCCCAACACAGUUAGACCAAGAUACGCAAGUACAAGAUAUGGAUGAGGGAUCAGAUGACGAAGACGAAGGCCAGAAAGUGCCACCACCUCCUGAUAAUCCAAUGCCGCCACCUCUUCCUCCUACCCCAGAUCAGGUCAUCAUCAGGAAAGACUAUGAUCCCAAAGCUUCGAAACCAGUGGCUGGUACACCAGCAACUGACGAGUAUCUCAUCUCUCCAAUCACUGGAGAAAAGAUCCCAGCGAGCAAAAUGCAAGAGCACAUGCGGAUUGGGCUGUUGGAUCCACGUUGGCUUGAGCAGCGUGAACGCUCUAUCAGAGAGAAGCAGAGUGAAGAUGAAGUAUAUGCUCCAGGUCUGGACAUUGAAAGUAGCUUGAAGCAGCUGGCGGAACGACGUACUGAUAUCUUUGGUGUGGAAGAAACCGCUAUUGGAAAGAAGAUUGGUGAAGAGGAAAUACAGAAGCCAGAAGAAAAAGUUACUUGGGAUGGGCAUUCUGGUAGCAUGGCACGUACACAACAGGCUGCGCAAGCUAACAUUACACUGCAGGAGCAGAUUGAAGCAAUCCACAAGGCCAAAGGAUUGGUUCCCGAGGACGAUACCAAGGACAAAAUUGGACCCAGCAAACCUGAAUUACUACAACUGCCAUCUCUUUCAUCUGCAUCAAAUUCUUCAAUGAAUCCUCCAAUCACAUCACUGCCCAGGCCACCUAUGCCACCCCCUGUGCGGAGCAUUAUGUCAUCGAUGCCUGUUAUUCCCAGGCCACCAAUGUCUCCUAUUAUUCGCUUAGCGCCAGGACCUGUUUUAUCAGCUUCCAUGCCAGGAAUGAUUCCUGGACCACGAAUUAAUGUAGUACAAAUGUCUUCUUCAGCUCCGCAAGUUUUGACCACCCGACCAUCCAUGGUGGUGCCAUCUGCCUUUGUACCUGCACCUCCAGCCAUUCCUGCCCCAAUGCCUUCUUCACUUCCACGACCCCCUCCUCCACUAGAUGAUGAACCAGCAACGAAGAAGAUGAAAAGCGAGGAUAAUCUUAUCCCAGAGGAAGAAUUUCUACGAAGAAGCAAGGGCCCAGUCACAGUCAAGAUACAGGUACCUAACAUGCAGGAUAAGUCGGAAUGGAAGCUGAAUGGCCAGGUCCUUGUUUUCACACUCCCUCUUACAGAUCAGGUGUCUGUUGUCAAGGUGAAAAUCCACGAGGCUACAGGAAUGCCCGCUGGUAAACAGAAGCUUCAGUAUGAGGGCAUCUUUAUUAAAGAUUCUAACUCUCUGGCCUACUACAAUGUGACCAGUGGCUCAGUUAUCCACCUUGCCCUAAAAGAACGCGGAGGUCGAAAGAAGUAGCGUGUUGCUUCAAAUUAUCACCGUCUUUCUAUGGAAAUGUGAAUCAAAGCUAUCCAUUCUUAAACUACAGAGGAUUAAAAUGUUAACUCAUUUAAUAUGCAAUUCAGAUGCAGCUUCUCUGUUUAGAAAAUGAACCUAUAGCAGCAAUAAUAAAUAAUUCGUUUUUAAAAAAAAGUUAAUUCUAAAUGUUAUGUUACAAGUAGUUUCUUCAAUAUUAUACUUUGUGAUCAGUAGUAUAUUCACUAUAAUAUGAUCAGAAGGUUUGAAAAAAUGUGGCGAUCAAACUAAAGUUUCUUUUUCACUUUUGGUGGAACUCCGUGCACAAAAGCCUACUUGGCUAAGUUUAUCGUUCCUGCUCCUAUGUUGGAUUAUUGUGUGGUGUUUAGCUCUGAAUAUUUUUAAUAAAAUAUAUCAGUUCUCGUGACUGGAUUAUAAUUUGUGAAAAUUACAAUUAAAAAAAAUAUUUGUCUUUGCUGUACUCAUUCAUCCUGUGAUCCUAAUGCCCUUCCAUUGUGGAAUAUUUGUGGAGCCUUUGUUCCUUACAUUCUCACUAAAGCUUCCACCUUUUAAAUUUGAAAAUGAAAUUUCUGUCAUCAUAAAAUCA